GACUCCACAGCUUUUUAUCAGUGAGGAUUGGAAUGUUAACAAAGUAACGCCGUCAGACAGCACUGAGGUGAACAAAACUAUGAUUCAUUUACCGAUACCGAAACCGCACAACGUCAGGACUUGCAACUAACGCCCAGAAGACUGACCCAGCUCUGUCAGCCUGGCCUGUUGAAGGGAGGCUUUUUGGGACCAAUGCAGACCCCCUCUCAGAUCCUCACUGUCAGUGCCUGUGCGUGGGCCAGCAGUUUUUGCCGCUUUCGGGAUAUUGGGACCAGUGAAAAUUUGGACGUGUCGGAAAAGAUGUCUGUCAGCGUCCAUGAAAACCGCAAGUCCAGGACGAGCACCGGUUCCAUGAACAUCUCGCUUUUUCACAAGCCCUCUCACCCAGACAGUGUGCUCACCCACCUUAAUACACUUCGCAAACAGUGCAUGUUCACAGACGUUACACUAUGGGCUGGCGACCGUUCCUUUCCGUGCCACCGUGCGGUGCUCGCAGCAUGCAGUCGCUAUUUUGAAGCCAUGUUUAGCGGUGGCCUCCGUGAGAGCAUGGACAAUGAGGUGAACUUCCGUGACAGUGUGCACCCAGAGGUUCUGGAGCUACUGUUGGACUUUGCUUACUCCUCGCGCGUCAUCAUCAACGAGGAGAACGCAGAGUCACUUCUUGAGGCCGGAGACAUGCUGCAAUUUCAUGACAUCCGUGAUGCAGCGGCAGAGUUUUUGGAGAAGAACUUGCAUUCGUCAAACUGCUUGGGAAUGAUGCUGCUUUCCGAUGCCCAUCAGUGUAAACGUCUUUAUGAGCUGUCUUGGAGGAUGUGUCUCAUCCAUUUCGAGGCUCUUCGAGAAACGGAAGACUUCUGUAGCCUCUCAAAAGACAAGCUUCUGGAUCUCAUCCUUAGCGAUGAGCUGGAGACUGAAGACGAACAGAUAGUUUUCAACGCAGUCAUGCGUUGGGUUCGAUACGACUUGGAUAGCCGCAGAGACUAUCUUCCUGAAUUGCUGCGAGGAAUACGUCUUGCGCUGUUACCUUCAGAGUGUCUCAUUGAGGCCGUGGCAUGUGAAGAACUUGUGAUGUCAGAUAAAAGAAGCAGACUUAUCGUCGAUGAGGCAAUGCAAUGCAAGAAGAAGAUACUUCAGAAUGAUGGAGUCGUCACCAGCCCCUGUGCCAGGCCUCGCAAAGCUGGGCACACGCUUCUUAUUCUUGGGGGCCAGACUUUUAUGUGUGAUAAAAUCUACCAAGUAGACCACAAAGCAAAAGAAAUCAUCCCCAAAUCAGAUCUUCCCAGUCCUAGGAAAGAAUUCAGUGCAUGUGCCAUUGGCUGCAAGGUUUAUGUGACCGGAGGAAGAGGAUCGGAAAACGGAGUAUCGAAGGACGUGUGGAUAUACGAUACCGUGCAUGAGGAAUGGUCGAAAGGCGCCCCCAUGUUAAUUGCACGCUUUGGUCACGGCUCAGCAGAACUUGAAAACUGCCUCUAUGUUGUUGGGGGUCAUACCGCUAUAGCAGGUGUCUUCCCGGCCUCCCCCUCAGUGUCUCUCAAACAGGUUGAGCGAUACGACCCACUAACCAACAAAUGGACAAUGAUGGCACCACUUAGGGACGGUGUCAGCAAUGCAGCAGUGGUCAGUGCCAAGCUAAAACUUUUUGUAUUUGGUGGAACAACCAUCCACAGGGACAAGGCCUCAAAGGUCCAAUGCUAUGACCCUGUUGAGAACCGUUGGACCAUAGCUGCAGAGUGCCCGCAACCCUGGAGAUACACAGCGGCCGCUGUCCUUGGCAGUCAAAUAUUCAUAAUGGGUGGAGACACGGAGUUCACUGCUGCAUCCGCUUACCGAUAUGACUGCGAGACCAACCAAUGGACGCGUGUAGGUGACAUGACCUCCAAAAGAAUGAGUUGCCAUGCUGUGGCCUCUGGUAAUAAACUCUAUGUGGUAGGUGGUUACUUUGGGACACAACGGUGUAAAACCCUGGAUUGUUAUGACCCAACGUCGGAUAGCUGGAACAGUAUCACUACCGUGCCUUAUUCACUGAUACCAACAGCAUUUGUCAGCACCUGGAAACAUCUUCCCGCCUAGGCACCUCUGAUUUAAACGUAUGAAGCUGAUCUGGGUGUCAUGGUCUUCUGACCACACUGAAUGGAGCACAGCAGGACUGGAUUGUCAUUGGCUGGCCCGAAGCACUUCUUUAUUGCGGGCGUGGUGUGGUGACGGUUGGUCACGGCCACUCGACAGAACGCCUCCUGAAAACAUACCGACUAUCCAUUGCUGAGAGGAAGCAGAGAAACAUGCUGAAAUAUCUUCAUAAGGGAAGCAUUGUUGUUUUCUCCCUAAAGCACAAAGCUAAACCAAUGCUUGGCCAUUGCCAAAUCAGAGGCUUGAUGACACGGUCACCUCUUGCACCAAUUCUGCUCUCUCACAUUGUUUUGCUAGUGUGAGGUCAGAAACAUUCCAGCAGAGACUUUUUAAUGCAUGAUUUCUUAUAUGAAUCCUCUUUAUUAUAAUUACUGUAACUGGCAAUGUUGCAUGUCCACAGUCGCAUCCUAUUACUUCCAAAACGUCUUUCGGAUGCCGAAUUUUUCAAGAUGGACGACACAGCAUUUGAACAUUUACAGAUAUGCAGAACGUCCCCAUGGGAAGGUGCAACUUUGCUGAAGCAGGAUUUAAAAAGGAUGCUUCUGUUUAAUAAGCAAAACGGAUCUUGGAGCUUGUAUAGAUUCCUUAGCACAAUGUAUUUGACUCACUCUCGUUUUAGAUUUUCAAAAUUUUCUCAGAUUAUUGAAGGUGUAAAUGCUUUAAUUUAUGUGUUUGUGUCAAAAAGAAAAAAACUGCACAUAAGACUACACUACAUGUUUAACUUUGUAUGACUGAUGUUUUGAAUUUUAAUGUUUUGCAGGAUUAUGUUUUAGUAUGAAUGACAGUAACUCUGAAAUGAAGGGUUGGUUUUCUUGCUCACGGUCUUACAGACAUUUGAAAAGGAGUUUUGGGGGAGUUUUGUCUUUAAUUGUAAAUGCUUCCCUGCUAGACAUUUCCAUUUGAAGAGGACAUUUAGGGAUUAUGCAGAAAAUCCCACUGGCGUCUUUGUGAACUGAAUUCCUGGUGCCUAAUACCGGUGGACGUGUUUGUUGCGCACUCACUCCAUUGAAGGGUUUGAAUAAAUGUUUUUUUUUUAUGCUUGGA